AUUGACUAGGUAUGUAACAAAGUGACGACUUCAGUUCCGUUAUUAAUGUAACGUUUAAAAAAAAAUAUAAUUAACAAUAUUAUAGUAUUGGUUAGGUACCUAAAUCAAAAAACAAAAUAGGUUUUUAAUUGAUUAAAAUAAAAGUUACUCAUCCGUCUGUUCAUUUUGUUACACUCUGUAUACAAUGUACAAUGUGACAUCAUGUUCUAUAAGAUGUGAUAAAUCGCGAUCGUGAAUAAUUAAUAAAUAUACAAAUUUAACGGCGCGGCUAGAACCAUUUGAACAGUUAGGUAUAAUAAAAUCAAAAUUUCUCAAUAACGUAUCAUCACGAAUACAUAUCUUGUUUCCGUGGUAGUAGUGCUACGAUAUUUCUAAACAAUAUAUUAUAUAGAUACUCUACGCAAAGCGGUUUAUAACUAUAAAUUAUACAAUUUUGGGCUUUGAUAAUAAUAUUAAAUUAUACUAUCAUAUAAUAUAGCGUAAUGGAUGUUACCGUUACCAAAGUCGUGAUCUCUGUGGACCAUAAUGUGCUUAGCAUCGAGUUGGCGUUCAACAUACUUCAGAGGAAAGUGUUCGCCGACAAUAAAUUGAACGUGUUUAUUUUAACUCUAGACGUGGACAAAGUAAAAGAAACGGCUGAACAUAUUAAAAAUUGUUGUUUCUCCAACCUGAAUGAAUUAAUCGUGACCGGAGAUUACCACGACGCGUUCCGGAAGGCCGACUAUCUCCUGAUAAUGACCGAUUUGAACGUGCCGGAUCGGAAAGUUAUCGAAAGCGUCCAAAACUUAGACCAUGUUUUCAAAAAGGCUAAAUCGUUCGAUCGACUGGCCAAUCCGGAUGCAAGGAUCGUCGCGAUGGGACCGUGGUCCAACACGUGGUUACAGAUUUUCGCUGAAGUCGCGACACGCCUGCAAAAGUGCAACUUUACCGGUUUGUCUAGACAUCACGUGAGUAAAGCGUUGGGGCUCAUCGCACGAAAACUCGACGUAAGUUGAUCGUGUAUAAUAUUA